AGCUCCUCCCAUUCCCAAAUGCAGAUUCUUUUUAAAAGCUUGUAGCGACACGAGCUGCCCUCAAAAGAAACUAGACGGAAGAUUGGACGCGACACACAUCUGGUUAAUUCAACAUGCACUCUCUGGAGACACCACAGAUUGAACCACCACAGAUUUCUCUCUACGCUGAGACGGGUCCAUAUGAGACGGACGCUUACUGCAAGCACCAGCCACACCUGUAUUCCUAUUACGUUGCUGAUACAGAGCAACCCACAGACCAUUAUUGGGCCAGCUCGGACCACCACACCACCGGCUACGACCACUAUGAAGGAGGACAGUUCACACAGCUCCAGAAUGUCCACGUCUCUCACCUGCAGAGCCUCUACCCACAGUUCCCCCUAGAGGUGGUGGCUAACCCUGACCCCAUCAUCCAGACCCACCCUCCCUGUCCAUUGGACGAGGACUACAGCCAGGUAUUCCCGAUGCUGUACCCUUCAUACCAUGCGUCCACUGACCACUCCAGCCCGUCCGUGUCUGAGGACGAUGACUACAACCAGGGCAGCCCCGUGCUGGAGGUUUCCGACGGGGAGUUUGAUGAGAACAUCCCCCCCAGAGAAUCAUCGUCCCACGACGCAGGAGUUCGGAAGAAGGUUCGCCUCUACCAGUUCCUGCUGGAGCUGCUGAAGAACGGGGACAUGCGAGACUGUGUGUGGUGGGUGGACCGGGAGAAAGGCACCUUCCAGUUCUCCUCCAAGCACAAGGAGAUGCUGGCCCACCGCUGGGGCAUGCAGAAGGGCAACCGCAAGAAGAUGACCUACCAGAAGAUGGCCCGCGCCCUGAGGAACUACGGCAAGACGGGCGAGAUCCGGAAGAUCAAGAAGAAGCUGACUUACCAGUUCGACGGCAUGUUGCUGGGACAGAAGAAAUCCGAGUGCAAGACCAGCUACAUGCCCUAAACGCUCCCCUCCUUUCCCCUCCCUGGAUCCCAGAUAGGACUGGCUCCAACUCCAACACAAGCCUGAUUGAGACCGGGACUCUGGUCUUAACAAUGCAUUCACUUCUUGCUGUUGCUUAGUCUUUUCGAAGAGCGCAGAUGGAAUAGAUGUUUAAGAGGAAUUGCUGGAAAAUCGAAGGUAGGGAGAAACUCAGCGGGUGCAGCAGCAUCUAUGGAGCGAAGGAAAUAGGUAACGUUUCGGGACGAAACCCGGAAGGGUUUCGGCCCGAAACGUUGCCUAUUUCCAGAAGAGUUUUGGCCCGAAACGUUGCCUAUUUCCAGAAGAUUUUGGGCCCGAAACGUUGCCUAUUUCCAGAAGAGUUUCGGCCUGAAACGUUGCCUAUUUCCAGAAGAUUUUGGGCCCGAAACGUUGCCUAUUGCCAGAAGAGUUUCGGCCCGAAACGUUGCCCAUUUCCUUCGCUCCAUAGAUGCUGCUGCACCCGCUGAGUUUCUCCAGCAUUAUGUGUGUCUACCGCAGAUGGAAUAGCUCCUUUCAUGCACGGACCUGCCUGAAGCUGUGCAGUUGCUGUCUCCUACCGCGUGUCUAAGGCGGCUGAUUAAUGAGUAGGAAGCUUCUCUAUCUCCCCCCCCCACCCCCCCCUCAGCCCGAUACAGGGGCAUCUUUAGUGGGGGUGGGUGGAUUCCGUUAAUGGACAAUGAAAUGCAAGUUGUAAUGAAGGUUCAACAAGCUGAACUAUUAACUCUUGCUCUCCCUGGGCUGCCCUCGCCUGCAUUGUGCGCUUGGCCGUUACAUUAGAGGGUUUUUUUUGGGGGGGGGGGGGGGAGGGGGCAAUAGAGACGAUAACCUCAGACGCAGAGGAAAAACUGGGGGGGGGAAACUUAAUGGGAGAUGUUUGGAGGCAGGAAUGAGGUUCGUUCCACAUCUCCCAGACCAAAUGUAGCAGCAGGUUUAGCAAUCUCCAAUCUCCAAUCUCCAAUCUCCAAUCUCCAAUCUCCGGGCCAAGUUUUAGAUCAAUCUUCACCCUCUGAGGAGUUGAACUGUAGGCAGGUUGGUUUUCCAGUCAGCUGUGACUCCGCUGAGAUGUCCUUGGAGGUAUCUGGCCCUUCCCAGUCCCUUGACCACCCUGAGUCAGCGUCCAGCAGUCGAGGUGACUUCACCAGCCAGGACCAUGCCCACCUACAGGUAGAUGGACAACUAGAAGACCCACCGUCCCCUCUGAGAGGGGGUGCACGGAGAGACACAAAUCCCCUGAAACCUCGUGAGGACAGGGCAGGUUUUACUUUGAAAGUCAUUUAUUGCAGAACAGGUUCUCACAGCUCACACCAUCAACCGGUUGGUGUGGUCCCGAGCCUUGCAUGUCCCACCACAGUCCCCGUAUCUGGUGGUCUCCACGCUGUCCUUCCACUCAGCACACUCCUCACAUCCAUUUGGGGCAUGUUGGAUCGGGCAGGUGGUGGAACGAGAGACUUGUGUCUACGGCUCCAGGGGUGACUCUACAUUCUCAUGGCCGUGCCACUCUGCAGGUCCCUUCAACCCAUGGUCCCAUGCUUGGUUGUUGAGUCAAUGGGCAUGUAGGGUGGGAUUAGUGAGAGACUGACGCCUGAGGGGGCCGGUGUCACAGACAACAGCGAGCAUGUGAGCCCACCCCCACCCCCACACACACACUCUCUAAUGUCCAUCUCGAGCAUCGUGGAAACAUGGCCUGAGAAUGACCAGCACCCUCCCCUCUCCCCCCCCC